GCUUAAUUUCUGGACAGUAAGAGGAAGUGAAGACGUGUCGUCCAUCUUAAUACACAGUCUGUGUAUCUGACCUUUAAAUUAGCAGUCUGACAUUUUGAGUCGUUCAUAAAUUUGCUUUCUUAUAAAGAGAUUGAUGAGACGCUUGAUACCACUCUCAUGUUUGUGUGGUUGUAUUAUAUAGUUGUUUUUUCUUUUAUACAAACUUUUAGUUACUGUUACAUGACCAAAUCUGAAUAUUUUUCAAAGUUUAGAACUAUUCCUUGAAAUCACCUGAUAAAAGCAACCAAUCUUUAGUAAUUCAAUAUGAAUAUGCUCGUCAUUUCUUUGAAUGCAUCUAAAUUUGGAACACAGCCAAGGAUCAAAACAACCCCUCUGCUUAUUUACACCUUUCAAAGCUUCACCAGAGAAGAUCUUUUCUCUUUGAUUAGAAAAACAAGAUUAAAUCUUCCUAAAAUACACAAAUUCAGACUUUCUUUGUAAUCUCUCUUUUUGCAGUGCAGUGCCAUUUAGUUUUCUUCUAGACAGUGUCCUUCUGCAGGCACCAAGAAAAGAGCACAUGCAUGAAUCUACUCGGGUGCUCCACAUAUCACAGAUGUUAAAUAUUCUAAUUAGAAAUUUAAAAAGGAAACUGUCGUGUUUGGUUUGAAAAAAAGUUACGACAACCUCGGUACAGAUUGUUCAACUGUUCUUAUUCCCUCAUCGGUAAGUAUACGACAAAAACAAAACACAUGUUGUCAGACCGCAGGAACUGCCUGUGAUUCAUGAUCAAAAAAUCCACACACACACACACACACACAGACACACAAACACACUGUAUAUUCUCCCCUGGGAUACCCUGUAGACCUAAAAACUCUGUAACGCACCUGUCACCAUCUACAUCCUGCUGCAGUGGCCCCAGUGAAUCUAUACCGUGUGUGUCUGUCUGUGUGUGUGUGUGUGUGCGUGUGUGUGUGUGUGUGUGUGUGUGUGUGUGUGUGUGUGUGUGUGUGUGUGUGUUGAAUAAAUGUCAAGCAAAAGAUGUGCGAUGUGGCACUUUUUGGGCUGUUGGAUCGCUCUCGCUCUCCAGGUGGACCGCUGCAUCUCAGAGAACAAACAAACACAUAACGACAACACUGCACACACACACACACACACACACACACACACACACAGCUGGGACGCCGGGGUGCUGGAUAUGGCCCAGCAUUUUAGCAGAUGGCCUGGGUGCUACGCUAUCAGUCACCAUAGUAACAUGCUCCCUCUUUCCUCUUCCCCUCUGUCUCUCUCUCCCUCUCUCCAGUGCUAAGAGGAGGAAAAUGGCAGACAAGAUUCUUCCGCAAAGGAUCCGGGAGCUGGUGCCGGAGUCUCAGGCCUACAUGGACCUGCUGGCCUUCGAGCGCAAGCUGGACCAGACCAUCAUGCGCAAACGUGUGGACAUCCAGGAGGCGCUGAAGAGACCAAUGAAGCAAAAGCGUAAACUGAGGCUUUACAUUUCCAACACCUUCAACCCCGCCCGACCCGACGCCGAUGACUCAGACGGCAGCAUUGCAUCUUGGGAGCUGCGAGUGGAGGGGAAGCUGCUCGAUGAUCCGGGGAAGCAGAAGAAGAAGUUCUCUUCCUUUUUUAAGAGCCUGGUGAUCGAGCUGGACAAAGACCUGUACGGCCCUGACAACCACUUGGUCGAGUGGCACCGCACGCCCACCACCCAGGAGACGGACGGCUUCCAGGUGAAGAGGCCCGGAGACGUGAGCGUGCGCUGCACUCUGCUGCUGAUGCUUGACUACCAGCCUCCCCAGUUCAAGCUGGACCCGCGCCUGGCUCGCCUGCUCGGCAUUCACACUCAGACCCGCUCCUGCAUCAUCCAGGCUCUGUGGCAGUACGUCAAGACCAACAAGCUGCAGGACUCCCACGACAAGGAGUACAUCAACUGUGACAAGUACUUCCAACAGAUUUUCGACUGCCCGCGGCUGAAGUUCUCCGAGAUCCCCCAGCGCCUCACCAACCUGCUCCUGCCCCCGGACCCCAUCGUCAUCAACCACGUGAUCAGCGUGGACCCCAACGACCAGAAGAAGACGGCGUGCUACGACAUCGACGUGGAGGUGGAGGACCCCCUGAAGGGCCAGAUGAGCAGCUUCCUCCUCUCCACCGCCAACCAGCAGGAGAUCGCCUCGCUCGACAACAAGAUCCACGAGACCAUCGAGUCCAUCAACCAGCUGAAGAUCCAGAGGGACUUCAUGCUCAGCUUCUCCAGAGAUCCCAAGGGCUACAUCCAGGACUGGCUCAAAUCUCAGAGCCGGGACUUAAAGUUAAUGACCGACGUGGUGGGGAACCCUGAGGAGGAGAGGAGGGCUGAGUUCUACCACGAGCCUUGGUCCCAGGAGGCCGUGAGCCGCUAUUUCUACUGCAAGAUCCAGCAGAGGAGGCAGGAGCUGGAACAGGCCUUAGCUGUCCGCAACACCUAAACCAAGGCCCUCCUGCACCGCUGCAUCUGAUUUCAGAGCCGUGUGUGUGUCUGUGUGUGUGUUUGUGUGUGAGGCCAUCGCUGUAGUCUGCUGAAACCUCAUACCUCUCAAAGUGUCAGUGACUUAGAAACAAACGCAGCCUUCGUCUUUGUGAUAGCGAUUAAUCAUUUUUUUAAGGGUUUUGAAAAUGGAAAUUGGAAAUUCGAGGGGGUUUCCACGAGCCGGCAGCGAUGUGCAUGAAUGGAAGACAGACCUCCAACGCUCGCCGCUCGCUCUAGGUUCUGUUUUUAAAUUUUUUUCAGUGCAGAACCGUGAGGACACCGUUGCUAAUCGCAUGUUUUUAGCCGUCAGAGGUCGACAUCCUCCGUCUCACUGCCGGACAAAGGACGCUCCUCAUCAUCACUCUCUCUCCGCUUUGUAAAUACUAGCAAACCCCCCCCCCCCCUGCUCUGGAUCCUCAGAAGACCUCGGACCUGGUGUCACUUUUUUUUUUCUCAAUCAUUUUUUUUUCGGGGAGGUUUGAUUGUUUUUUCCACAUGUUCUCAAGAGGAGAGUGUUUUUUGGAAACACUGAGGAGUAACUACACCAGCAAAAUGGAGGUGGGACACAUAUGGGGGGGGGGGGGGGGGGUUGCAGGGAAUCAAUGAUAUCGAUAAACCUGAUAUUAUCAUUUUCAGGUUUUGAAGGAAUCAGUUUGACGACAACCAACGUGUCUCACUUAAGUCUUAUUUGCCGGUAAACUGAUUUUCCUUUUUUACGGCGAUUCCUACGACAGUAUUAGAUGAGUUAACUGUGAGUAUUAUCACACUAGCAGAUCCAGGGUCUGUGUUUUAAUGAAGGACAAAACCAGUAUUGAUCAUUGUCACAAUAUCUUCUCUUCCCUUAAUCAAAGCAAGAUGUUCCUUGUACGUGUUGAGACUCACUGCCUCUUCCUCGUGUCGUCUUUCUUGGCCAGUUAAAGGUUUGACGGUUUUACCAAAGGUUGCAGCGAGAGGAAGAGAAACUGAAACGGAAAAUGGACAAAAAUCCAGAUCUGUUUUUUUUAGGCGACAUUGCAAACAGGAAGAAAAACUCUGUGGGGGGGGUGGGUCUUAAAUGUUCUUUUUAAACAAACUCAGUCGAGCUCGCACCCCCGCCAAGGCCCAAACGAGCACUUCAAUUAAAUCAAGCUGCACCAAAUUUCACACGCUCAUAGUCAUUAGUCCCUAAAUGUGCCUGAUUAUUUCCAUCGAGAUCCAUGAAUUAUUCCCUGGGAAAUAGAUGAUGUUAAGGAAAAUUGGGGGGGGGGGGGGGGGAUCCUGAAUCUCUCUGUCCAGACUCGCACUGACACUGAAUGGCUUUCCUCUUGACUCUGGUCUCAUCCUUCCACCAAGUCGCACGGGAAAUCCAUUCAGUAGAUUUGUUCUGCAGAGAUGAUUCCUUGGCGGAGGGAACACUAAUUGCAAUAAACACUUAAAAAGCCCCGGGUUUGAAGCUUUGUCCAUUUUAACACUUUUUUUAUUGUUACAUGAAGAGUUUCUUUUUUUUUCUUUUUUCUAGAGAUGUGAAUGUAAAUAAGUUGUUCUCCCUGCAGAGGGCCGACUGUACAGUACACAACAGAUUAUGUGUUUGGUUUGUUUUUGGGGGGGGGGGGGGGGGGGUGAGUUACAUGGUGCAGGAUGGGAGCUCCAUGAGUUUUGAAUUAGUAGAGCAGGAAUGUUAGCGUUCCUCUGCGUCCCCUCUCGGGUCGGGUGGUUUAUUUUAGGUCCAUCAUGUUUAUCGUGGGAGCUGAGGGAGACCUCCCUUGCCCUCGACCCCCCCCCCCCCCCCGUUAGCUGUAACACACGAUAUAAUCCACACCACCUCACGUUACACUUCUUUUUCUAACACUACACUCGACUUGUACGUACACAUGGUCAGAUGGAGGACUUCCUCUCAGCAGUCGGUUUCGAGCUGGAACCCUCUCCUGGGGUUUUCUUUGCACUGGGCUGUAACUGAUUAGUUUUUUUUUUUAAUCCCAGCAAACACAAAACGUGAUUGGACGAUUUCACAAAGACCUAUGCAUGCUCCGUGGACAUUCACCAGUACAGCUGAUGGGACGGUUUGUGUAAAUAUAUGGAAAAAGGAAGCUGGCAUAGCCGUCUGUCUGUGUGAAGACUCGUUGAAAUGCCUUCUGGGAACUUUUUUGCCAAAAAUGAUGUGCCCUACCAGCAACUAACUGUAGGUGUGACUUUACUUUCUCGUCUGUGUUUUUUUGUAACUAGGUCUAAGUUAUAUUAACUGCACUCGUUAGAGGAGGAACUGUAGUCGGUGGUAGUAUUUUAGUCCUGUGUCGAAACCCAGAGGGACUUUUCUUUGUGUGGCCGGGGUAUUCACAUGGUCGUCACUGAAUCACUAGCACCUUCCAGUGGAGGAAAGUGGAAGCUGCAGUGACGACACAGUACCAGGUUCUUAUCUGACUCACCAGGAUUACUGUGUCUCCUGUUACUGAAGCCUGGGGCCCUGUGGACACGUCCCCCUGCAUGUGUCCCCUCUCUCUGUUUACACUGAGGGUCACCGGCAGGAUGAUUAGGGUAUGCACGCAUAACACUGUUUAUCGGUAAAGAGCAGAACUCGUUUGGUGACGAAGAGGAAAACAUUUUAAAAAAAGAAGGGAAAACAGCUGUGAUACUACGAGACAGCCUGGAUGUAAAUAAAGAAGCGCUUGCCAAAGUUUGUAAAUGCCA